AUGGCGCCGUCAUUCCUGAACUUUAAGGAACUUCGCCGACGGUCGCGGGCCAGCUUCAAAACGGAGCGAUCCAACACUGAUAAUUCGAGUAACGACAACGACGACGGCAGCCAUGACACAGCGCCAACAACUGGUACCGUCACACCAGCUUCGCUUGCCACGCAGUCGGACUUGGCCUUGAAUUUGCAAGUCAAAGACUCGGUGGCUCCUCCACUGCCAGGCCCUCAGAGCAGACCACCGCUGCAAACGCAACCAAACAAGCGUUUUAGCGUCUCUGGCAUGACUGGACUGGGCUCUCCGGUAAUGAAUGGCACAAAUAAGUCUUUCGCAGUAUCCCACUAUGCUCCGCGCAUCACCAAUGUGACAGAGAACUGCUGGGUCUCGCAAAAAGUGCUCUUAGUGAACGGCACAAUUGGUGAUCCAACACACAAUACCUUGGACGGAACGGUGACGGUAUCUCGGCUCGACGACGGGUUCCCCCCAACUUUCUGGCCAGUGUACGAGUCGCACUUCAAGACAUUAGUAUACCUGACGCCGGGCGCAAACAGGUUGCGCUUCGACUUCAACAGCCCGAAGCUGAGCAACUCUGGCUCUUCCAAUCCCAUCCACAGCUCCUAUCUUACAGUACACAUGGUCCCUCCCAUGAACUCGCCCCCAUUGCAACUUGCAAUCCUUGUCGCCAAGGACUCUCCAGCAACCUUCGAUGCUGUGCCAGCACGAGCGGAAAAGGAAGGCAAUGGACUGGAAACCGCGAUUCGCAAGUUCCGCACAGCUGCAUACUUGUGGCAGGCAUUCACUGCAGAACAAAUGUCAAGAAACAAGUUUGGUCGUCGUGUGUUCCGCUUUGAGGAGGAGUGGACGACGGGAACGACCAACCAGAGGGAUCUGGAAAUGGGCACCAUGCGCUCGGAAGCGCGUAUUCAUGUCAUCCGGACCGACAGGACAGUGGCCGAAAUUCGAGACCUCGAAAGAGCCCAGCAGAACCCAAAGGCGACCAAAAAGGGUGAGCUGUACGACAUUGCUGCCGAAGCCGUGAAGAACUAUUUCAAACCUCUGCCUGGCCAAAAACAGUAUGUCUCAGUGUUGAUCCUGGAUGCUCAUUGGGACACGACUUCCAAGACGGUUGUCGGCCAUGCAGCACUAGGCGGCAACGCUGGAGACCUGCAACUGGCCAUUUUUGGAUCGCACUGCCUGCAGAGCUACCCGACUACUUUUGAAGAAGUCGUGCCUGCUUUCACAGAUUGCACACCAACGGACAUUAAUCAUGUUGCCAAUGAUUGCAACGAGGCCGGAAGUUCAUGGGAGGCGGCGAACAUUGGCAUUGGUGCACACUUGCACGAGACAGGCCACUUGUUUGGCUGCCCCCAUCAGGAGAAUGGUGUGAUGCUCCGAGACUACGUCCGGUUGAAUCGGACAUUUGUGACACGUGAGGCCUACAGCACGCGGACCAAGUCGAAAGGCGGUUUGGUCCUACAAUCGGAUGAAUGUACUUGGCAUAGGCUGGAUUGUCUACGGUUCAGGAGCCACCCCUGUUUCAGGGCGCCUAAUGACCCAGUGCUCAAUGUCGACGACAGCGUUACGGCAUGGCCCGUAGAUGAUGGCAAGGUCUUGAUCGCUGCGGCGACCGGAGUCGCCUAUUGCGAGCUCUAUCCAGAGGGCGACGACGUUUGCCACACGUGGAUUGAGUAUCCUGCAGAAAAUGGCGGAGUGCAGCGAAAUGUGACGCUUACCGAAAAGGAGCUGAGGGAGCGACUGCCCGAGGAUAAACGCGACAAAAAGCUGAAGGUGUCGUUCAAGUCGUACGGCGGCGGUUCUCUCGAUAUUGAAGAUUUUCAUGUCCUGUGUUCCAAGGCGUCGUCAUUGAAGCUGUCAUUUGGCAUCGGUCCUCUCGCCAAGAUGGCCUUCCGCGGUAGCAAGCUAGGAAUGUCUCAGAUGGAGGGUAGCGAACCGCAAGAAUUCAUCUUCAGCAGCGCAAAGGAAUCGAACCGUGUGCUCUCCAAGAUUGUCUUCUAUCACGGCUAUGCCCUUGACGGCAUGGAGUUUUUCUACGACGAUGACUCUAGCCAGUUAUUUGGCAAACGUGGAGGCAAGGCGGGCGGAGACUCAUUCGACAUGAACAUUCGCCGUGGAGAAUACAUCACAGGCUUUGUAGUGCGCUCUGGCUUUUGGAUUGAUGCCAUUCAGGUUUUGACGAGCACGGGAAGAAAGUCGCCCAUGUAUGGCAAUGCCCAUGGUGGAUCCCAACGUACAUUAUUGCCUCCUCGGGGCUACACGGUCUGUGGAGUUUCUGGAUCCUGCGGCAACUGGGUUGACGGUUUCUCAGUUAUCAUCACUCGAUGGUAA